ACAAAUUGUUGUGAGCUACAGCUGUGCAAGUAUAAAUAAUGAGCUUAGCACCAUGUGUGGUAUAGAUUUGUUAGACUAGCUAGGCCAGCUGAUCUAGCUCAAAGCAUCAUCUCUUCAAAGUGUGAAACAGCCUCUUUAACAUUCUUAAAACCCUAGGUCUGUAUCUGAUCCGUCUCUAGUUAGCUGGAAAUCUUCAAAGAACAAGAGAAGGAGAACAAAUGGGUGGAGGCAACGGUCAGAAGUCGAAGACAGCUCGUCUGAGAAACUUGGAGAAGCAAAAACCUGCUAAAGGAAGCCAGCUUGACUCGAACAAGAAAGCAAUGACAAUCCAGUGCAAGGUAUGCAUGCAGGCUUUUAUCUGCACCACAACUGAGGUCAAGUGCAGGGAACAUGCAGAGGCAAAGCAUCCCAAAUCUGAUGUUUAUGCAUGUUUUCCACAUCUUCAAAAGUGAAAUAAUUCAAUCCCGAGAGGGAAACAACAUGUAGCUGAAAUGUGUUUAACAUCACCUCUUGUAAUCAUACUCGGAUGACCUCCGAGGAUGUUCUGCAUAAAGAUCCUUUGAAGAUUAAUGGAUUUUCGUCUGCAUAA